AUGAUUGACAAGAGUUGGAUUGAUAAAUCAAUUACAACAGCGGAGUACAAAUGCGGUGUAGCUGACUUCUUAGAUUUUGCCUUUCAAAGGGUUGCCGUAAAUGGAAAAAUUAUCUGUCCGUGCAUUAGAUGUGGUUUUAAGAACAUGAGGACUAGAGUUGAGGUGUUAGCACAUUUACUCCAAAAAGGUUUUUCAAAAAAAUACACUUUUUGGUAUAUGCAUGGAGAAAGUGUAGUACAACAUGAAGAAGCAUCAUCAAGCCAUGACCUUAGCGAAUCAGAGGAAAGAGCUCCGCUACAGGAUAUGCUUAACGAUAUCUUCGGUUCAGCUGCCAACAACUUUGAUGGGGUUGAUGAUGAGCCCGUUGAAGAGAGGAACAACUCUUUUCCAAUUCAUAUCGAAGAUGAUACUCAAGAGGAAUCUGAUAGGAUUCGAGAGUUGCUAAAGGAUGGAAAUCGCAGAUUAUACCCCGAGUGUACAAAGUAUAGCAAGUUAUCAUUUAUAGUUGAGCUGUAUCAUAUCAAAGUGCUAUGCGGUGCGACUGACAAGACAUUCUCGAUGAUACUUGAUCUUCUAAAGAGAGCGUUUCCUCAUGCAAAUCUGCCUGUUUCAUUUUAUGAAGCAAAAAAAAUGAUUAAGCAGCUAGGCUUGGGAUAUGAAAAAAUUCAUGCAUGUCCAAACAACUGUAUGCUCUUCUGGGGUCCAGAUAAUGAGACCAAGAGUAAAUGCACAAUAUGCAAUGCAUCUCGAUAUAAAGCAGAGUAUAACACCAGCAGCAAUCCAGGAGUUUUGGACACAGCUGAACAUAUGCCGAGGCUAAUUCCGGAAAAGGUAUUGAGAUACUUUCCUCUCACUCCUAGGCUAAGAAGGUUAUACAUGUCCUCUAAAACAUCAAGACUAAUGCGUUGGCAUUCAGAGCUUCCUAACUCAGAUGGAAAGUUAAAGCAUCCAAGAGACAGCAAAGCAUGGAAGGAGUUUGAUUUGUUAUAUCCGGAGUUUGCUGAAGAUCCACGUAACAUACGACUUGCUUUGGCUUCCGAUGGUUUCAAUCCAUUUGGGACUCUCAGCUCCAACAUUAGCAUAUGGCCGGUGAUGUUGUAUGUAUACAACUAUCCUCCAUGGUGUUGUAUGAAGCAAGCCUCUCUUAUUAUGUCUAUGAUAAUUCCUGGUCCAAAGAUGCCUGGUAAUAAUAUUGAUGUUUUUCUGCAACCACUUAUUAAUGAGUUAAAAGAACUAUGGAAGGGUGUUUACGUGUACGACUCUGUUGAUGGAAAGUUUUUUCGCAUGCAUGCUGCAUUAUUUUGGACCAUAAGUGAUUUUCCAGGAUGCUUGUGA